UGUAAGCUACAGGAUGCCCAACAGCAUUGGAAAAAGGUUUAAACCCACGAAGUACAUCCCGGUCUCCACCGCCGCUGCCUUACUAGUCGGAUCCACCACUUUGUUCUUCGUUUUCACGUGCCCCUGGUUAACAAGAGCCGUCUCCCCAGCCAUCCCUCUGUACAAUGGACUUGUGUUUCUUUUUGUCCUUGCGAACUUCAGCAUGGCGACAUUCAUGGACCCGGGAGUUUUUCCACGAGCAGAUGAAGAUGAGGAUAAAGAUGACGACUUCCGAGCUCCGCUGUACAAGAACGUGGAGAUCAAAGGGAUCCAAGUACGGAUGAAAUGGUGUGCCACUUGCCACUUCUAUCGCCCUCCCCGCUGCUCGCAUUGCAGCGUCUGUGACAACUGUGUGGAGGAUUUUGACCAUCACUGCCCUUGGGUUAAUAACUGCAUAGGACGGAGGAACUACCGAUAUUUUUUCCUUUUCUUGCUGUCCUUAAGCGCCCACAUGGUUGGAGUGUUCACUUUUGGGCUCAUCUUCGUUUUAAACCACGCGGAAAAACUGGGGGCGGUACACACUGCCAUCACUAUGGCUGUCAUGUGUGUGGCUGGGUUGUUUUUUAUUCCGGUCAUCGGCCUCACAGGCUUCCAUAUUGUUCUUGUGGCCCGUGGACGCACAACCAACGAACAGGUGACAGGUAAAUUCCGUGGAGGAGUGAACCCUUUCACUCGAGGAUGCUGCGGUAACGUGGAACAUGUUCUCUGCAGUCCUCUGGCACCCAGGUACAUUGUUGACCCAAAGAAGAAGCAGCCCGUAAGUGUGAAACCACCUUUUCUGAGACCAGAUUUAACAGAGCGGCAGAUUACGGUCAAGAUAAGUGACAACGGCAUUCAAGCCAACCUCAACCGGAGCAAGUCUAAAAUUAGCUUGGAAGGGCUGGAAGACAAAAACCUGGAUAUCCAACCACCUCUACCACCCAAAGGAGAUUCCAGCAAAUACAGUGAAUUGGGGAGCAGCGAAGAGAGCAGCCUUUCGCCCAAACUGAUCAGCCCUCCCACACCAGCAAUGUACAAGUAUCGCCCAGCUUUCAGCAACAAUCCUAAAGUACACUAUCAUGGAGCAUCUGAACAGAUCUCUAUACAGGAUGGUCAUAAGCAAGCAGUCGUCAUGGAGGAGAAUGACGGCAGCCUUGAUUACCAGUCAGAACCGAGCAUCGAUAUCCCCAGCUAUCGGAAGAGUUCCCUUCACAAGACCUACCAGUCAUCUCCGCUCCAAAUAGACUCCUUUGCUGUCAACUCGAGGUCUUUGAGCCUAAAAUCUGCCAGCCGGCGAGGGAUAGACAAAGUGCCCCUCCACCACCUGAAGUUGGAAGGGGCUGCCUCCACACCUUACAAGAGCAUCUUUGCCCCCAAUUCUUUGUCGAACAGGAACGGAAGUUUGUCUUACGACAGUUUGCUCAACCCUAUGUCCCCUUCGGGGAGGAGGUGCGUAGCUCAUUCUGCUGUGGGGUCCGUCGGGUACCACUCACCAUAUUUGUCUGCCAAAAUGUGCCACCUGCGGGGCAGAGAGCUACAGCGCCAGCCUCCGCAGAGUUUCAGCCCCGUGCUGGGCAGCCCGGCCUCGCACCCACGCGACCCCUCGCCGGUGCGCUACGAUAACCUGUCGAAAACCAUCAUGGCGUCCAUUCAGGAGAGGAAAGAAAUGGAGGAGAGGGAGAAGCUCCUCCACUCUCACCCAGACUCCGUGUAUGCAGACUCGGGGGUGUACGACACCCCGAGCUCUUACAGCCUUCAGCAGGUCAGCAUGCUGGCGGAAGACCCUCGCGGCAUCGUCUUGAGAUACGGCUCUAGAGACAAUCUGAUGACCGCAAGCAGUUUUAGCGCGAGGAACCCUGUCCGGCAGGCCUCGGUUACGUCCCUCUCCAGUGCAAUGACCAGAACAUCAAGGACUUCCACUCCUUCAAUACAAGCUGACCUAGCCAAUAACAAUGUCCAGGCCCAUCAAGCAUUGCAGGGCAGGGUGAACAACGGCUCUUUCAAGUCUCCGGGCCACCAAGUCCCAUCGUCCCCCAGUGGGAUAUCCAGGUCACCCUCAUAUGGCCCAAAAGCUGUCUCAUUUGUUAACGCUGUGGAAAUAACAGAGGCACAACCAAUGGGGACUCCAAGGGAGGACAUCCAGUUGAAGACAACUCACAGUAAAAUUAAUGGACAGCCGAAAGGAAUUUCAAGGGUGGAGUGUCGACUAGGGUCAACGCCGAGCCCCCAGGGCCCCCCAGUCAGUCCUGCGAGACACUCAAAUGUUAAGAAAGUGUCUGGAGUGGGUGGAACAACCUACGAAAUUUCCGUAUAAAAAGGAAUUCGCGAAAUAAAGAGCCAUCCGCAAAACCAGCCGUGAAGCUAGGUGCACUGUGAAAACUCAGAUAAUAACGCCA